AUGCCACUCGAUCUGGAUGCGUGUAUAGAACAACUCUUGCAAAAGCAACUCCUCGCUGAAUCUUUGCUUAAAGAGAUAUGCGAGAAGACGAAAGAGCUACUAAUGCGAGAAAGCAAUGUUGUCCACAUUCUGGCGCCUGUCACAGUUGUUGGUGAUAUACAUGGCCAGUUCUACGAUCUUAUUGAAAUAUUUCGGAUAGGAGGUUACAGUCCAUCGACAAACUAUCUCUUCCUUGACGCGUCACAACCUGGAAAAUUUUCUCAAUUUCGCACCCUACUACUUACAUACACACGGUUUCCAAAUGAUGCAGGCGAUUAUGUUGAUCGAGGCCUUUUCAGCGUGGAAACGAUAUCACUAUUAACUUGUUUAAAAUUACGCUAUCCCGAAAGAGUACAAUUGGUCCGAGGAAAUCACGAAUCGAGGGCGGUAACUCAGACUUAUGGAUUCUACACGGAAUGUGUUCGUAAAUAUGGGAAUGCUAAUGUAUGGCAUUACUUUACGGAUAUGUUUGAUUUCCUUACACUUUCUGUUGUAAUCGAUGAUCGGAUAUUUUGUGUGCAUGGGGGUCUUUCUCCUUCAAUACAUACAAUUGAUCAAAUUAAAAUACUUGAUCGAUUUCGAGAAAUACCGCAUGAAGGUCCGAUGGCUGAUUUGGUUUGGUCAGACCCGGAUCCAGAUAAGGAUGAAUUUGCAAUUUCUCCGAGAGGUGCGGGUUAUACUUUUGGAGGUGAAGUUGUUAAAAAGUUCCUGGAGAUCAAUCAAAUGGAACAUAUAUUAAGGGCACAUCAAUUAUGUAUGGAAGGAUAUCAGGUACUUUAUGAUGAUAAACUUUCGACUGUAUGGUCUGCUCCAAAUUACUGUUAUCGUUGUGGUAAUCUGGCCUCGAUUCUCGAAGUGGGCACAUAUGGGGAACGAUUUUUCAAUGUAUUUGAUGCAGCGCCAGAGAAUGACAGAGAUGGACCAGCACAGCAAAUGACUUCUGAAAGGAAGGAACAAGUCCAUUAUUUUUUGUAA